GCUCCCCAAACCUGAGGACAAGACCACCACCACGCAGAGAAUCCAGCCUGGGGUUCCAACUGCCAAAGCCACCGGAGCCCCCUUCUGUUGAGGUGGAGUACUACACCAUUGCCGAGUUCCAGUCAUGCAUUUCUGAUGGGAUCAGCUUCCGGGGUGGACAGAAGGCAGAGGUCAUCGAUAAGAACUCUGGAGGCUGGUGGUAUGUGCAGAUCGGUGAGAAGGAGGGCUGGGCCCCUGCAUCCUACAUUGAUAAACGCAAGAAGCCUAACCUGAGCCGCCGCACCAGCACACUGACCCGGCCCAAGGUGCCCCCGCCUGCACCCCCCAGCAAACCCAAGGAGGCCGAGGAGGGUCCUGUAAGUGCCAGUGAAAACCAGGCCUCCCCACUGAAGCUCAAGUACGAAGAGCCUGAGUAUGACAUCCCUGCCUUCGGCUUUGACUCUGAACCAGAGCUGAGUGAGGAGACUACAGAGGACAAAGGCUCUGGGGACAGGAGGCCUGCCCAGCCCCGCAGGCCCUCGCCUGCCUCAUCCCUGCAGCGGGCCCACUUCAAGGUGGGGGAGUCUUCUGAGGAUGUGGCCCUGGAAGAGGAGACCAUCUAUGAGAAUGAGGGCUUCAGACCAUGUGCAGAGGAUGCCCUGUCAGCCAGAGGCUCCUCCGGGGACAGCGACUCCCCAGGAGGAUCCUCUCUGUCCCUUGCCAGAAAAAACUCCCCUAAACCCAGCUCCCCCAAGUCAUCAUCACUCCUCAAGCUCAAAGCAGAGAAGAAUGCCCAGGCAGAACUAGGGAAGAACCACUCCUCAGCCUCCUUUUCCUCAUCCAUCACCAUCAACACCACCUGCUCCUCUUCGUCCUCCUCCUCGUCCUCCUCCCUGUCCAAGAACAGUGGUGACCUGAAGCCCCGCUCAGCCUCAGACGCAGGCAUCCGGGGCACUCCCAAGGUUGGGGCCAAGAAGGAUGCAGAUGUGAAGACUGGGCUGACUUCCUGUGUUCGGACCAAGCCAUCGGUCCGGCCCAAGCCAUUCCUGAACCGAGCUGAAUCACAGAGCCAAGAGAAGAUGGAUAUCAGCACUUUACGGCGCCAGCUGAGACCUACAGGCCAGCUCCGGGGAGGCCUUAAGGGCUCUAAGAGUGAGGAUUCAGAACUGCCCCCGCACACAGCCUCCGAGGGGUCCCAUGAGGAGACCAGGAGGGGCUCAGCCGAUGUCAUCACCCUCCCAGCCGCCACUCCCCCCUGUCCUCCUAAGAAGGAGUGGGAAGGACAGGCUACCUCCUAUGUGACGUGUAGCGCCUAUCAGAAGGUCCAGGACUCAGAGAUCAGCUUCCCUGCGGGUGUAGAAGUACAGGUGUUAGAGAAGUUGGAAAGCGGGUGGUGGUAUGUGAGGUUUGGGGAGCUGGAGGGCUGGGCCCCUUCCCACUAUUUGGUGCCUGAUGAGAGCCAGCAACCCAACCCCUGUGGCAAAGAGGUAGAGGCAGGAAAAAGCAAGCAGAAUGAGGGCAAGUCAGACAGCCUGGAAAAGAUAGAGAAGCGGGUGCAAGCACUGAACACCGUGAACCAAAGUAAGAGGGCCACACCGCCCAUCCCCUCCAAGCCCCCUGGGGGCUUCAGCAAAACGUCAGGCACCACAGCAGCAGUGAAGAUGAGGAAUGGAGUGCGGCAGGUGGCAGUCAGGCCCCAGUCUGUGUUCGUGUCCCCGCCACCCAAGGACAACAACCUGUCCUGUGCCCUGCGGAGGAACGAGUCACUCACAGCCACCGACAACCUCCGAGGUGUCCGCCGGAACUCCUCUUUUAGCACUGCACGCUCGGUGGCCACAGAGGCCAAGGGCCGCCUAGCAGAGCGAGCCACCAGCCAGGGCUCAGAUUCACCCCUGCUGCCCACUCAGCGCAAUGGUAUUCCUGUGUCCCCCGUGCGCCCCAAGCCCAUUGAGAAAUCCCAGUUCAUCCACAAUAACCUCAAAGAUGUGUACGUCUCUAUAGCGGACUACGAGGGGGAUGAAGAGACAGCAGGCUUCCAGGAGGUAUCCAUGGAGGUGCUGGAGAGGAACCCCAAUGGCUGGUGGUACUGCCAGAUCCUGGACGAGGUGAAGCCCUUCAAAGGCUGGGUGCCCUCCAACUACCUUGAAAAGAAGAACUAACAGAGGGCCUGGGGUCCUUCCAACCUCUGUGUGUCACCACGGCCACCACUGGAUGAACAGUGGCAUGCACACAAGGGGAAGGACAAAAAGGGAGGGGGUGGGGAAGGACAACAUUGAACCAUGCAGAAUGUGUGACCUCAAGGAUGCCCCCCAGCUGGAAGGGAGGAUCUGAUAGGGACCCACAUUAAGUAGGGAAUAACUAGGCAGUCCUGGGCCUGGGACCCACGUGUGCACCUUGGUGACUUCACUGAUGGACUGUGCACCUUUUGGGACAGGCUAUGUGGGAAACCCCAAUUGUGCCUUUGCUGCAAAUCUGGUAAAGACAUGGUCAUGGGGGCCUCCAGUGUCCUGCCCCUGCUUGGCCAUUGUGGUGGCUGGCUUCCUGCCACCAGAGGUAGCCCUUGUAUUGCGCUAAUAUAUGUUUGUGAUUGUGCUGUUUCCAGGAAUUGCCACUGCCCGCCACUGGUGGGUGCAGUAGAAGUCACCACGGGCUCAGGGGCUGGGCAGUAUCUCAUGUGAGCUCAGUCCUUCCGUGGGCCAGGCCAGUGUCUGUGUCUGGUAGUUAAAGAAAAAGGUAGGUGGUGCCAGCAAUCGCCACCUUUGGUCGCUGUCACUGUCCUGGCCUUGAGAAAAGGGCCCACCCUCCUCAGGGCCCCGUGGAGGACACAGAGUUCACAGAGAGAGUGGGAGACGCCGUUGGGCUCCUCUCGAUCUGCACAGGUUACUUUAGGUGUUUCUGGGUGGGCGGUUCCUUUGCAUGUUUUGAUAGAGGUUUAUUGGUUUUAUAUAUUAGGCCUUUGGGCUUAUUUUUGGAGUUGUUUGGGGGCCCAAGGUGGUUGGCCUCACGUGGGAAAAGGGGUGGUGAUGGGUGGGCUUUUCUGUUAUAUUCCAUGGAGGGGUGCUUGUUUUGAUUUGUUUUUCACAUUCUUACCCUUCCAUAAGCCAAGUUGUUUCGUUUAGUUUCCACUAUGUAGACAGUACCUGAGCAUGGCACUUGCCAGAGGGAUUGGGGGCUGGAUAAGUAAAACCAGGUCCUGGGCUCAGCCAAACAAAGAAGCUGUUUUGGUUCCUGCCCAACCUUGGUGGGACAGAAACGUCCCUGAGAGAGGAGAGUGUUGUUAGGAGCAAGACCUCUGGAGAGAUGGCAGCUUCCAGGUAGCUGGGGGACCACCACUGUGUAUGUUCCCCAUCUAGGUAGGCCAAAAGAAAGCCUUACAUAGGAACUGUCAAGAAACAGCCAUGGCCCACAUAUGGGUCACACUGGAGCAGACAUCACCUGCUGCCCCCUUUGGCCUGCUGGCAAUGCCACAGGUGCCCGAGAAGAUGGCAGACCCCAGUGCCAAGAACCGGCCUGGUCCUCCUAAGGGGCCAUGCCCCAGUGAAGAGAGAAGUGAGAGAACGAAGUUUCCUGCAGGUCCUCUGUCAACUUUGGGUUGUGUUUUUCAAUGGUUGACAUUUCAGAGGGGGCCUUCCAGAAAGAAGCCCAGUUGGCUUCCAAGGACUUACCCCUUGCUGGGAGUGGAUUUCCGCACGUGCCUUUGAUUUCAGAGAGACCAGGCCUUGGAGCGCUAACACACUGAGCUGCCAGAACCACUGGACUGAGGGUGGCAGCUUUCCACCCAGGGGCAAGGACCUCCCCAACCCUGACCCUCCCCAAGCAGGCCAGCUGGGACCCCAUGUCUCGGUACCUUCAAACCCCCUGUCCCCACCUUCUGGAUCUCAGAGACCUUGCCUGGAUCACCAGGCCCCUGUCCCUUGCCCCACACCAAUGCCUGGCAGCUAUAGCAAACUGCUUGCCUUCUUUGUCAAAGGGCCGUGGUGAGAUUGGUUUUCUUUUCUUUGUUCAUGAGUUUGUUUUAAAAUUGAAAUUAGUUAUUUUCUUCUGCUGGACAGUAUUAAAUAGAGCAGUAUGUUGAAUUAAUCUGCUAGAUUGCAGUACUAAUGGUAGUGGUUUAGUGUCUUCCUAUUAAUAUUAUUUGUACUUAUUUGAACAAUAAUGAUAAAGAAGUGGUUCAUUAUUUUUAAUUAAUGCACUUUAAAUAAGGUAGAAUGCAAAGAAACCCAGAGAGCAAAGUGCAUUCCUUAAAGAUGCAGUAUAUACUUUUCUCAUUUUUUAAACAGCACAUAUUUAUUAAAAGAUGAAAAAGUAAUUUAUGAUUAUUUAAAAUAAAAUUUAAAAGUAGAGUGACUGUCAGGUGAAAGGACCUUCCACAUAGCUGCCUUCCAGGGGGAGGGCCCAAGGCCUAGCUCCUCAGAUACCUGCACUGAGCCAGUUCUACCACUAGUGUGCCGGCCAGGCCAGGAGGGACAGCAGCACAGCUGCCAAGCACAGAGCAUCUCAAUUGGACUGGACCACAGUGCUCCCCAGAGCCUACCCUUCCCACCCUUCCUGACCAUCUGCACUGCCCCUACUGUAGGUGGUUCUCUGCCACCUACAUUCUCCCAAGCCCCCAAGGACCCCCUCUUCCUCAUUCCCAGGGCUCUGAAAGCCAUAGUGUAAUUAAAAGGCAGGACUGGAAGGGACCAUGGAGGUCACUCCAUCCCAUCCCUUACUGUUACUUCAGCCCAAGAACAGGAAAAUGACUUUCCCCAAAUCACCCAGCUAGUUAAUGGCAGUUCUUCCCCCUCCCCCAUAUCAAUCUGUACUCCUCCCCAGCCCCAUUGUAGUUUAGCGUGGUCAUCAUGUUUACAUUGAGACAGCCAGCCCCAAGGAUGGUGGGAGUUGCUCAGGCAUCUGGGGGAAAUGGGGAAGGCUGCCACCUGGUGACAGCACAUAGCUUUGGGCAGUGAACAGGAACCGCCAUGCCCCAGUCUUCACUCUCACCUCCUCACCACCAACUCCUGACUCAGCACAGUACAGACCCUGCAAACCCAACGAAUAUUAAUACUUGAAAUAAGGGUGCAUGCCAGGGGGUGCCAGGCCUUGUGCCUCUGGACUUCUAACCCUGCCCAGGCAAGAGGGCCUUUCCCGAGAGCUACUGAGCUUUGUCAUAUUAGAGGUACUGCCGGCAGCAGGGGAGGAGAGGGGCCUGGGCUCUGACCCACCUGGAGGAAAACCAGAUCAGACUAAAAGGAGAAAAAAAUGAAAUGUCAGCAGCAUCCAAACCUAGUUUUCCAUUAGUUGUGAUUGAAAAUGUGAAAGGACAUCGUAUGGCUGUAUACUGCAACUUUAAUCAUAAUGAGCCCUUCUGAGGUCAUUAUUGAGGUUUAUAUAAUGCCUGAAGAUGCAUCGUGUGGUGCUUUGUUUAUCUUUCAGUAAAGACCUUUUUCUUUUAUUACAAGGAGGGAAAAUGUCUUCAUCUCUCUCCCAUCUCAUCCUCCUUUGUCACAGCAGGCCUGGCUACCUGGUUCCCCAUGUUAAUCCCUCUAGGCCAUGGGGUCUUGGGGUUAACAACAGGGUGUUGGAAGGGGGCACCAGGCCUCAGCCUGUUCACCCCCAGCCUGGCCUCAAGGGUUUCUCUCCCUCCCUCCUUGAUUCUCCCUUUGGACGAAGGCAUUAUAUAGAAUCAUUGUAAUCACUUUCAGAUGUUAGAGCAGCAUAUUUUACUGGCAUUUAUAUCCAUCGCUUUCCUCAGCAAGGCAUGUUACUUCUUUUAUCAUCUAAGGAGAAAAAGACAAGGGAAUUUUGGUCAAGCAUUAUUUUCAUAUUACUAGUACUUGCAGAGUAGGUGUAGAACUAUUUAAGUUUAGACUUUGGUUUGGUAGUUCGUUUUGUUUUUAAGGGGCAAGGAAAGAUGAAAUAACCCCUAUUUUUCUGUUUUUUGUAUUUAACUAAUAUAUUAUUUCUUUAAGGUUACUCACUUCCCCUACUCCCUCCAAUACUUUGCAUUCUCAAUGGAAAAUGGAAACAACCUGAAACAGGAAACGUGCAAUAUUACCAAAAGGGAUGCCAGGGCACUGGGGAGACAGACCUCCAAGGCCCAGUCUGCAGAAAGCACGAGGGGGCUGCUGGAAGGAAUCGGAACUGUGGGACACACGAGUGGGCGGGAGGGCUUUGAUCUUUCAGCUCUCUUUCCCUCUCUUUCUGGCAAGACAGUACGAGUUGCCCCCAGAGGGUAGCCUCUUUUUAUAUUGAGUGUUGUCCGCGCAGGAGAAGGGGAUUCAGGGAGGUGGCAUGGGGCUCUUGACCUCCUGAGCCCAGUCCUCAGAGCAGAGUGAGGACAUCCAGGAGCUGUUCCUUGUUUUCAUUUCCGUUGUUUUGCAGCCAGCUGCUCAGAGAGACCUGUCCUAAAAAUAACUCCCAGCAGCCCUCUUUCACCCCAGGCUCCUGUUGUUUGGGCUAUGAUCCUUUCUGAUGUGUGUUUGAGUCUUUCAAAAACUAUAGAACCUCAGUUCAAUUUAUGGGCAGGAACCCUAGAUGUAACCAAACUGUUUGGAGAGCAUAGGUGCCUUGGACCCUACACACCCAGUGAUACAAUUCCCACAGCUCUGCAGCAGGGCCUGGGCUGAGCCUGGACCACCAUUCAUCUCAAUGACGGAGGCAAGCCCUGCCUCAGUUCCACACCCAGACAGUUCACAGGAGUCCUGGGAGAAGACCUUGAGAGGUCUGUUCAGCUCUUUGCAGACAGAACGCCCCAUGACAAGUAUCAAGCCAGCCUUCAUCCUAGGCACUGGCAGAGAAAGUGGCAGGAUGAGAAGUCUCCUCUGGUGGUCUCAGCCCCUGGAGCUCUGCCCCCCAGGGCAGCAGGCAUGUCCUUGCCUGGCUCAUCCCCUCCACCUCCAGUACUGUACGCUUGCUGCUCCAAUCCACAUUUGGUGAAUUUCUGUACAGAUACGUAUCUCUGGGCCCAGAGUGGGACUGGGGCCCUGUGUGGAUCUCUCCCUUGGAAUAGAUACAUCCACAUAUCCAAACUUCAGGAAUCUCCAUGCAAGCUCUUGGGAAAGAGAACAGUCCACAUUACUAAAGAAUUUAAGAUUCCCUCACUUUUUUGAGGGCUGUGUGUUUGUGUGUGUGUGUGUGUGUUUGUGUGUGUGUGUGUGUGUGUGUGUGCGCGUAUGAGAGUGUGUGUUGGUAAUUUCCCACUUGAACUAAAUAACAUGGGGUUAGAGAAAAAAAAAAUACCGGGCAAGCUGUCUCCAUUGAAGAAGAAGUCCUUGGCAUUGGGCAGGUCCCAAGGGACUCAGCUCUGGCAGCAAGUGUGCGUGUCAUUCAUGCACACAAUUCUGGCUGGAGAGUGCAAUGUGUCUUUUUUUUUUUAAUUAUUUUAUUUAGUUGGAAACUUCACACUGGCAUUAACAGAUCUAGCAGAAGCAGCCUAGGCCAUUGUUCCAGGCUCCAAAAUAAUGUGGAAAAGAGAGCCAUUGGGUGUGGAAGUGCCGAGGUGGUAAAGUUAGGUCACACACCUACAGAUGUGUCACCAGCAGGCCGUCUCCCAUCCCUCAUCCAGCAUGGCAUUGGCAUGAGAACCCUGAUGUGGUCUCAGAGCUACUGGCCUUUGGUCCUUGUUUCUGAGGAAGUGGGGUGGUCAGGCUGGGUAGGGUGAGAACCUGUUCAAGGUGUGACCCACAGGAGCCACACACAUAUACAGCAACACCUCCCAUUUGCAUCACAGGCCUGACAGCCUUUCAUGGUAGUGUAUUGGUGCCCCUAGAUCUUCUGAGCUUUCUGCCUAAAUCUGUGUAGGGACUCCUAAGCUUUGUGAUCAGAGCCAGCAAGAGGACAGGGUUAGUGACCCAUUAUGGCCUUGGCCCUACUCAUUUUAACUUCCCUCCUGCUUUGUCCUGUACAUCUAGGUCCCCAGGCCACAAGGCGGGCAUGUUGGUGCUUAUAGACUGGGUGGAGGGCUUUACCUUCCAAAGCCUUGAUUCCCAACCUUCCUGUAAGGCUGGGAUUAGUGUGUGAAUUCGAUACACACCCCCCAAUCUAAAUCUUGAGUUUGCACUUGACCUUGACAAUCAGUACUGUCUCCCAUCCCAGUCCCAUCCUGGCCAGUGGGCUGGGCUUCAAGAGGUGUAUGUGAAAGAGUUGCUGUAGAGCAAGAGGAUCGAGCAUGUUGAGGCAAGCGAGAGACAUGUUGCAAGAUGAGCAUGUGUAUGUUUGGGGUUGUUGAGGCUGACCGUCCCUUCACUGGGAAGGAGGCUUCCAGAAGAGGAUGUCUUGUAGGCAGAAAAGUUGUGGGAAGGCUAGAAGAGUGUUUGGAGUUCGCUUUGUCUUUAUUGAUUAGAAAGAAGGAAGAAGUCGAUUCUGAGUGUUUCAGGAAGAGUAGAACAGAUACACAGGGAAUUCCAUGAUUCACCACUCAUGGGCCCAGCCAGUGCUGGAGACUGACCAUAGGAGAAGCUGGCCAGAGAAUGGUGUUACUCUCUGGGCCACGAGCUGGGCCUCAAUGGAUAGUUACUGAUUUACUUAAUGGAGGUGUUGCAAGCAACAAACCAGUUUUUGAGUUUGGAGGCUCUGUUUCCAGAAGACUUACAUCCAUCUUCCAGGUUCCCUGCUGAUUUUUUGCACUGCCCUUUGUAUGAAUCAGAAACCACUGACCAUGAUGGGACAUGCAAUCUGGACCCACCAUACCCAAACUGGGAUUCAGGAUCCAGAUUCCAUCAGGUCUAUCUGGGAGGACUUCAUUGGUCCUUCUGUUGUUGAGCUAUUCCCAGUGCCCUCUGAUGACACAUGUCGUGGUUCCAUUUUCUCAGUCUGCCUCACUGCUAUGAAUGAGGACAAGAGAAAAGCACACCCAUCCAUGAACACUGCUGUUCCAUUUGCUGGUGGCUUCUAACCAAAGCACACUGCUCUAAAGAGUUUAUUUCAAAGAAGGGUAAAUGGCCACCACUUACGGAUUUACAACUUACUCCCUGCAACAGAUUUUUUUUUUUUUGUUUGUCUCAAUCCAGGAAACAGGAUGGGGAAUGGGUUCUCUGCCAGUUACUGGAAAGUAGCUUCUGAGCAAGAUGUAUGUGAGUGAGCAAAAUGUAUGUGAGUGGCCAUCCUUGAUGCAUGGAUAUUGGUACUGCAUGGAUGGAAGUGAGUUAGUUGAUGUCAUCGAAACUCCAGAAUUGCAGGAAAUUCCUUGUGGGGUCCUCUUGCCCUGCCCAGCUCUUAGUGGGCUCUGUGGGGUCAAGAGGAGCCCUUCCUCCAGGUUUUCCCUCUCCCCCCUCAGCAGAGAGACUGGAGAAGAAGACAUUUAAAUCAGUGCAGUCUAAGUGCUAAAAUAUUUCCAGGCUCAAUGGUGGUGCUAAACUAUCUCCAUGUUUUUAAUAGUAGGGUUUUUUUUUUUUUUAAUCUCAUCACAAAAAUGCAGUGUCCUUGGGGAAGGGACCUAGCCCCUUGGCCUGCCACUUUCCAGGUGUCCUUUCUCACCUAAUGGGACUCUGUGGCCUACAGAAAUGCUCUGUCUUGGCAUGCUUCUAGUCUGUAAGUUUGGGGUUGUUUUGUAUUUUGUUUAUGUUUACAUGCAUCUUGUAUUUCCCUGAAAACUAAAUAAAGUUUUUGGCCUUUUUAACGGAACAGAAUCACCUGAUUCUCACUGACACCAGAAAACCCAUUCAGCUGAAUAGCAAAGCAGUCUCCAGAAUCCCCACCCUGGCUCCUGGAAGGGGACAUGAAGGGGAGGGGAAGUCAGGUUCUACUAUGGUGAGAACUGGACUCAAGCUCCUCCAGCCCUCCCCUUGGUUACUCCUGGGGAGUAACCAAGGCUGGUCCCCCAGCUUGAGCACUAACCCUCACCUAUUUGUACUGGACUUAAGUAAUCAGGGCACUGUGGUCUUAGUGUGGGGUUCAAGGUCAGACUGAGGCUGGCUGACUCAAGCAUCCUCACAGGAGGGUGCCUAGGCAGGCAUCCCGUGUGCUCUGAGACUUGGCCCUGCCAAAUGAGCAUAAUCCCAACACUGUGCCUAGACCUUGGGCCCUGUUUGGCUGUCUUCCCACCACCCCCAGUUUUUCCAGCCACCUAGAUGUACUUAGCACAUCCAGAAAGUUUAUCUAAAAGUCACUAUCCAGAACUCUCCCUUUUCUGUUCUAUUUCCCGAUGUGAUGUAGGCCUCUGUACCUACCAGUGGAAACAAAGCUGAACUCCAGGCACAGGUAGGGCCUGAGCUCUUGGUGGCCUGAAGGAAGAAUGUGCAUUCCCCCCUUCAGCCCUUAGGUGGCAGUACCCACCUCACAGGCUCUCUGGCCAGAUUGAGCCAGCUCCAUCCUGUGGCUUCCCACCACCCUACUCCACCACACCCUGCUCCUCAAAGACCCAGGGACCUGGAUCACUAGAAGAGCACCACCUUCUCCCAAUUUAUAAGGUCACUUGACCUUCCAGUCCCUGCUGUCCAAACCCCAGGUCAGCCUCCAGCCCCUCCACCCCAGAAAGCCUUCUUUGUUUGUACCAACCCCCUGUGAGGCCUCAGAGACCUGCAUUCUCCCUGAGAGGCCAGGACCACAGCUGAUGAGGCCCUGCCCACACACACACCAGCCCACCCUCCAGCCUCCACACAGCACAGCCCUCCGGCUGGUACAAAAUCACCUUUAUUCACAAACACAGCAACCCAAGUUCACAAACGAGGUGGUGGCUGCCCUGCACUAACAAAAGUGGACAAUGGCUUCUUUUCCCCAUCUCCAGCUGGCCAGGCAGCCCCUGCACCUGAGACGGUUCUUUGCCUCUGUGAUGGGACCCCCAACUGGAUGGGGCACUCACCAGCCCCAGGCCCCAGAUUUCCCAGGACCAAUUAACUGGGGAGGUGAUAGCUCCAGGCCCCUGCAAGGCCAGCGCAGGUGAAGGUCUGGCCUAGGGUCCUCCCCCAUACAAUCCCUCAGCAACCCCUCCAAAGAAUUCCCAAGAGCCACAUAGAAAAUCUGCCCCACUUCAACCAACCACUUUGCACAGGAGAAAGCAGAGUUUCAGAGGGUGACCACCUGGCCAGGGCCACAUGACAGGUCAGAACCCUAGGCCCUGCCUGUCACAGGAGAAGCCACCUGUGAGGGCAUACAGUCACCUGAGGGGCAGGGGCUGGGAGGCUAGGGAGCCACCAAGGCCAAUACUCGGCACUGGUCCAGACCAGGUACACAGGGCUGAGGUGACUGUCACCAAAGAGCAGCGGGGGCACUCCCCCCACAGAUCCCAGAGGAGCUGAAGCCAGGCCCUUGCUUUCCAGCCAUCCAGGGCAAGUACCUUUCCUGAGAACAGGCUCCCUGCUCCCGUGACAAGGGUCCCCAGCCCUGUUCCCUGUCCCAUGUUGGACUCCCUCAUCCUUCCCAGAACCUUAAUGUCCUUACAAAGUGUACUGCCAGGCCACCUGAUGUCCUUGAGCCAACCGUGGCAGCCCCGUUCCCAAGGAGAAAGGGUACUUCAUGGGUCCAGGUCUAGGGCCCAGCCCCAGGGCCCUAGGGAGGCUCAUUUGCCUCGCUGCAGAACGGACUCAAUGCCAGGCCUCCAGCCUGACCCUUAUUGGUGAAGUCCAACUCAUGGUUAGCAGGACAGCCAUGGGACUCAUGGCAGGGGCACGGGGAGGAUUUUGAGUGAUGAAUCUACUGCCCCUCACCACCGCCCCCCCAGCAGUACUUCUAGGGGCCCAGGGGCGGGGGGGCUCAUCCACAAACAAAACCCAUGAACCAAAUAAAUAAAUAAAUUAAAGACAAGGGCUGCUCACAGCCCAGGGAACCCCCUCCCACCUAUGGCAUAUGAUGCCUCUGAGGAUCAGUCCAGGUGGGCACUGAGAUGUGGGAGGGCAGGCCUGAGGGGUUCGCUGUUGACCUGUCCUUAGAGACCCUGCAAGCAGACAGACCCCACCCCCAGACUGGACCAGAGGGCACCUCUGGGGAACAGCACCCAGUGAGAUGAUUGGGGCAGAAGUCUAUGGCCUAUCGCAGGUGGGCAGCAGGCCAGACACACAAUGCCUAGAGCCCUCUGCAGCCUGUUAUCCCUUCCUCCUGGGUUAGAAAGACAUGACAUGGAGGCUGCAGCUGCCCAGGGGGAGAGGAGUCACUGGCAUUCUUAUCCCCAGCUGUCAGGCCCAAUGGGCAGGGAAGGAAAGAAAGAAAAGGAGGGCACAGGUCCAAAGAGUGAGACAGCAGCUCAGAAGCAGCACACCCAGGGCUCUGUUGAGCAGGCUGUGUACUGCUCAAGGAUGGUUGGCUACUCCUGAGAUGUGGCUCAGGGCCACAUCUGUCAGAGGAAGGUAUAUGUUUUCCAAUUCUCACCAAGGUGCCACAUGGGCAACAGGAACCUCCUAGAGGGGAGGGAUUGGGACAGGCUGAGACCCCAAUUCAGUCCCUCGGCAUGCAGGGAAGAACUGGGUGCAGAGAAAGGAAAGACAGGGCGUGGUCUCCUCCCCUCCCUCUGCCCAUGAUGUGCUUUUGCCUCAACCUCCCUGCCUCCAGACUCCUCUCAGCCCACACCUUCAGGGGCCUCAGUUUCCCAUAUUUAAUGUAGAAGGAGCAAGAGUUUCCAAUCUAAGGAAGAGAAGGGGCCCAGUGGGCUUGGCCCUCAGCUGGCGAUGGCUGAAGACUGCAGAGGUGGGUGUGUAGAGUAGGGCUCUACAAUGGGCUAGGAGCUGCGGUAAGUCUUGAUGAUGUCCUUGAUGGGGCGGCGGCAGAUAGGGCAGCAGGCGUGCAGGGCCUUCUUGAGGCGCAGGCCGCAGGCGUAGCAGAGGCACAUGUGACCACAGGUGUAGAUGACCGUGUCCACAGCAUGUUCGUAGCAAAUGGUACACUCGUCACUCCACUGGCCCAGGCCUGGGGUCACUGGUGACUCAGGCAGGCUCACAGGUGAAUUGGGGGCGGUCCCUAGGGAUAAGGGGGCACCAGUCAGGAGAGGACACAGCUCAGCCUGGAGCAGGGCUCAUGGGAUGAAGGCCCCUGGCCAUUGUGUCCCCUUCCAUUUAUGGAGAGCCACCUACGCACUCUGAUGACACACUGUAUUGCCCAAGAGAAGAGGCUGAGCUCAAGCAGCCUGGCUCUGGUGGCUCAGCCUCAGACCAGGGCCCAGGGCAGCCAGUAGGCAGGGAGAGGGAGGAGGGAAGGGGGAAGGAAGGGACCCCAAAUCUUUUAAGGCAUAACCCUCCUGAGCUACCCUUUGGAGUUCCGUAUGCUUUAAAAAAAAAAAUCUGGGCUGCAGGUGUAGCUCUAGUGGUAGAAGGCUUGUCGAACAAGGGCAAAGCCCUGAGUUGAAGCCCCAGUACCACCCUAAAAAAAAAAAAAAAAAAAGCUACCCAGCUAGGAGACAGCAGGGACCUGCCCCAGAAGUCACUGAGCCCAGCUCCAACUCCUCUUCCAUGCCAGGCCUGACAGAGGCCCAGUGCCUGCCCAGGUGUGGCAGUG